GUGCAUGUCUUUCUUUGAGACACGUCCAUCCAUUGGACCAUGGCCGCGGCGGAGCAGCGGGUGGAGGUUGACAGCGAAGACAUCGAGAGCACAGACUUUGGAUCAACCUGCAGCGACCGCAGAGUCUAUUUGAAAGAAACGCUCCAUUUUCUACGCUUGACGUGGCCUUUGCUGCUUGGAAACACCUUGGAAUGGUACGAGUUUGGCGUCUACAGCUAUGUGGAACAUGAGAUUGCGGAGAAUUUCUUCGAAGGUUCUUCGUUGGGAGCAUGGCUCGGCUACGCAGUCACCUUCAUUGCAAGGCCAUUGGGAGGCAUCAUUUUGGGCAUCAUCGCUGACCAUUAUGGUCGCAAACUCUCAGUGAACCUGUCAUUGGGUGGGAUGAUCGUGGCGACUGUUGCUCAAGGAUGCCUCCCAGGAAAGUAUUUCGGAGGCAAAUUCCAAGGUCUAGGUUUUGGACUAUUGAUGAUCUUCAGAGCGCUACAAGGCCUCUCUGCUGGUGGUGAGAUUGGUGCAGUGACAGCAUACCUCAUGGAAGUGUCACCAGUGCAAACCCUUGGCAUGGCAGUGUGCAUGAUUUCCAUUGGUAGCCAGACCGCGUGGGCCUUUGCUAGCGCACUGUUGGCAGUGCUCAAUCAGGCCUUGGGUUCUGAGGCGAUGUUAGUGUGGGGCUGGCGGAUCCCCUUCCUGUUCUCGGCCUUGCCGGGUGCGCUGGCGAUGUGGGGCAGAAACAGGAUUCAGGAAACCGACGUGUUUUUGUCGGAGGUGAGAAACGAUGAGGGUCACAAGCAGCAGCACGUGUGCAAGAGCAUCAUGGAGCUACUGAUCCACUAUCCUGUUGUGCUAUUGAUUGGCAUUUUAGGUGUUUGUUGCGCCGCCACGAUGUGGUUUGCACCUCCGUUUUGGUCCAUCAAUGCGGUGCUGGGGCAUCUGGCUGCUUCGGACGCUCUGUGGGUUGGCCUUUGCUGUCAACUGGUUGGUCUGGCCGUGACACCCGUAGCCGGCUGGUUCACUGAUCUUUAUGGUGUUGCAAUGACAACCUGUGUGGGGGCGAUGUACACCACUCUGGUAGGAUUUCCCGCCUAUCUGAUGUUGGUCGUAGAUUCCAGCCGUGCAACUGCCUAUCUCGGCGUUGGUCUCUUCUUUGGCAUUGCCCAGGGAUUCAACGGCGCGACCAUCUACUUGUUCUGUGCGGAACUCUUCCCUGCUCGUCUCCGUUGUCAAGGGAUAGCACUCAGCUACAACAUUGGCAUGAGCUUCCUGGGUGGUUUCGCAGCGGCGAUCUCACAAGCUUUCUAUCAGUUGGACGACUUAUUCCCAGGUAUCUACUGGACCUGCACGGGCAUUGUGACUGUAGUCACUAUCUUUGUGGCCUUGAGUCUAUAUGAUCGCGACUGGGUGAAGCUGACGCAUAGGCGAAGUGAACCAUAUUUUGGCAAAUCAAUCAUGCCGACCAUACCGACCAUGCCGCCCCCACGUCUGAAGAUGCGUGGAAGAUCGUAGGAGCCAAGCCAAUGGCCCCGGCAAAGGGGGGCAUUCUCUGCAUGACAGCACGGUGCCUCCCUUUCAAUCGAUGAUAUUUCAAUCAGUGCAGCAGCCGCAGCACGUGAUGCAACGGUCCUUCUGGGUCAAUGUACAGAACCCAUGUAAACCGGAGAUCAAGAUGAUCCAACAUAUAAAGUUGUACAGAUUGUAAAGUGAGAAGCAUGACUCAUGACUCCCGCCCUGUCAAUGGCCUGAGAACCGACCGGCAUGGAACUUCAACACCUGGCAGUUGUGACCAGUGUCCAGAUUUGCUCAUGACUUG